AUGAAAGCGAAGAGACAUGGCAUUAUUGAUGAUGCUGAAAGUGAGCAGCAUAUUGUACGCAUUUAUAAUAAGGCAGUUGCACAAUCACUUUCUCAUAACUUAGAGAAAAAAAUCAGACCUUUCAUAGAACCAAAAAAGUCUCUUGCUCAGAGAAUUGCCAGUGAAUAUGUUGCCAAUUUCCUUGCAAAGCACAAAAUGGAUGUUUCAUUUGCUAUGGCACAAAAGGAAACAAAUGAAUAUAUUCAUGAAGAGCAUAAUCCAGCAUGGACUGCACGUCGCUUAGGACUUCACGAGACAGAACAACUUUUCCACUCUAUUGUCGACGGAUGUGGAAUUACUGUUUAUCAUACAACAACUUUGAACGAGCCAGAACCAAAGCAAAAGAAAUACACAGUUCCAGAUAAGGACAAUUUCACUACAGGUGAUUUCCUUAACUCAAACGAAAAUGAAUUCACUGGUUUUCUCGUUACAACAGAUCCAGAACCACCAAAGAAGAAAGAGCAUAAGCAUCAUCACCGCUCACGCGAUAUUCGUGAGGAAUCUAAUACAUUCACUGCAUUAAAUACAGUCGAAGAGAAAUACGAUCGCCUUGGAAAUCCAAAGAACAAAUUACCGAAACCAAACAUCGAUGCAGAACCAUCAUCAAGACAUUCAAGGUCACACACACAUACACAUUCACGUACACAUACCCAUACAAGGCAAACAGAUUCUCAUGAUUCUUUCUUCGACGAACCACAGAAGCCAGAAGAUCCAAAACGCAAGCAGGUUGAUGAACUCUUCAUCAAGGCCCGCGAAGAAAACAGAGCUCGUGGUGCACCUACAAAAUCAUUUGCCGAAAGACUUUCCGCUCUCAUGAUUUCCUCCAAACUCAGGGACCGCGAAGUCAAUGCCGACAAAUGCGAUGGAUAUGCCACACUCUGCUCCAAGGAUCUCAGCCCGGAGUCGAUGACAGGCACAAUCGACAAUCCAUCGUUAACUGCCGAGCGUUUAGAAGGCACAUCCAAUGCACUUUCGAAGUACAUGAAGUCAAUGAAGUCUGGCCAAUCGAAGCCUCUUCCACCAGACUCAGAUUCCCGCUUACCAACUGGCGAACCAACCGCCGACAUCUUCGACACAUCAACACGUGAUGGCGAACAAGGCGGAUCUAAUAAGACAAGCGCCAUUUCUGUUCCAAGGCCAACACAGUCCAGGAUAAUGUCUUCUAAGGCAGGAAGUGAUGCAAUCGCUGCCUUCGAGAAGAUGAUGAACAGCGGACAAGGAAGAGUUCCUAUUGCAGCACCAGAAGAUGUUGAUCUCAGCAGCAGCAUACAGAGUAUUCAAGAACAGAGCAAUGAGACAGGCUCAAUUCAGACUAACUCUGAAGAUAGUUAUGAAGAGGAUGAAGAGGAAGAAGUUGUCUUAGAAGAAGAGGAAGUAUCUGAAUCAGAAACAGUAUCAAAGAAGCAGGAAAGUAAACCUGCUCCACCUCCUGCUGAUGAAAAGGAAAGUAGCAGUACUCACUUGUACGAAGAAGUUUAUGAGGAAGAGGAAGUUGUUGAAUAUGAUUAA